UGAAAAAAUAAUUUCGAAAAAACUGAAUGGACCAUCAGAUACUUUACUCCGUAAAUGGCGGCAUUCUGGUAUGCCAGAAGGUCAAAGCCGAUUUGUGGUACUGCAAGAAGAUAAUUUGGUUUGAUCACUUGAGUUGAUAAUAUGGAUUGGCUACCGUAAAUAGUGUUUAAAGCUGACGUUUCGAGCGUUUCAGAGCGAAGGACAGAAGACUGGAGUACUGGUAACCGAGUAUGGAGAGUGUACUAUUCUCCAGUGGCAUGAAUAUGUGAGGAGAACACCACGAUAGACAUAGCUCGGAUUGCACUGAUGACUUAUCAGUAAGACUAGACACUGCUAACCACCUCCAACAAUCUUUGGAUCUGUUUCAACGAGGUAAUUUGGAAAUGGCUGAGAGAAGCCUUCAAAUUGCUCACAGGAAUCUCCUAGAGAUAAAACAAGAUAGCUUUUUUAACAUCUUCAAAGACCGCUCCUUCCACUGUGAUGUGUGUAACGUCUGUCUGGACAAACGGCUGGAAGGAAGACAUUCUUCCCGAGAAAAUUCAGGACAUGACGAGCGCUGCCUCUGUUUGGAGGGCGCGUCCAGCGGUUGUCAAAUCCUGCCAUGCUCACAAAGGUUCGUAGAGAGUAUGCCAUUGCAAUGAUAUGGAAUGGCGUCAUUGGUUUCCCCAAGUUGUAAAUAAUUGUAUUAUGGAAAAAGAAGCUUACGGUUUGACAGACUUCUUCGUGGCCAGACACACUACAGACCCUACCUUACGCUUGGAACUGCUUUCUCGUAAUCAAAAUGGCUUCCGCCAUGGCCAAGACUCAGGGAUGGGGACAGAGAUUGCCAUGUCAAACAACACUGCUACCGACACGUUUUUAGAUGGUUCCCCUUCAGCCGAAGUGUUCCCAAGGAAUUCGCAAGCUUCAACUUUGCUUGUAUUGUCUGUACUGAACAUAAGACCUUGGAAUGUUGAGUCUUUAGAGUCCACGAACAACAGUCCUCUUGCACUGGAGCAAGGAGUAGCCAGAGCAAUGGUCCAAAUAAACAGGGGAAGACGGGAAAGAGAACAGCGUGAACUGGAGCGGGAACAACUUCAAACGAACCAGGACAGAGAAUCGCAAGAGGCAGAAGAAUAAGGCAACAGAAGAAGAGAUUUUCUAAGUAGAUGAAACCUUGUUUCAUAUAACUUUCCUAUUGUUUUAGAAAUGUUUGUACAAAUGUAGUCAAUAUGUAUUUUCCACGCUAGAUGCUGCCUGUAAACACAUUAAAAUCCUCAAUAAUUGUGUUACCAAUUUUGAGAAGGCGUGUCGCUAGAAAUUUUUGUUUAGUUCUAAAAAUCAUGAUCUUUGUUUUUUUCACUUUAAUGAACAACUUGUUAGCUUUAAUCCAAGUCGCAACAUGACGAAUUUCAUCGUUGAGGUAAUCCA